AUGAGUAGACCGGAACGUUUCAAGAUGUUUGCAGUUGCACUGGUGCUUUGCGGUGCUUUCGGCACCAAUACGGCUAGCGAUAUGGUCAACACCUUCGAUACAAAAUAUUUACCGGCGAAUUGCAAUGAAGCGAUUUAUUUGGCUGGGAGCAAAGCUAAAAGUGGAAUAUAUAAAAUACAAUUGCCUCUACCAUAUGGUGAUGGAAAAUCGUUCUACGUUAACUGUUUGCUAGAUCCAUUGGGUGAAGAAGCCUGGACGCUAAUACAAUUACGACGAGACGAAUACAUGGACUUUUUUCGAGGCUGGGAGGAGUAUAAGAACGGCUUCGGAAACUUGAAUAGGAAUUUUUUUAUCGGGCUUGAUAAAUUACAUGCAUUAACGACUUCACAAUUGCACGAAUUAUGGAUCGAGUUGAGGGAUUUCGAUAAUGUAACGAAACAUGUCAAGUACGACAGUUUUGCCAUUGCCGACGAAAGCUAA